UCUUCCAGCUGCUCCCAAGGCCCCGGUCCACCCCCGACCUCCCAGGCCCCUCAGAUGCCCCCUCCCCUCCCUGUGCUGGACAGCCAUCUCCCGGGGACUCCAGGGAAGCCCUGGUGACGGGGGCCCUGGAGAGCAAACGGCCGAGGUGGUCAUGACUCCUCCGUGUACAUCCUCAGCUUUUGUUCAGCUCAAGCCAAGAAACACACAUUGAGCACCUACUGUGUACAGAACAGUGUAACAGGCCCUGAGGGAGAUGCACAGGUGAACAGGAGGUGAAAACACAAAUGUGCUGCCUGAUCUUUAUCCACGUGACCAAGGGACACAGGGCAUUUGACUGCCUUUUCCUGCGCAGCCUCCAUAACGGGAAGCGGGCCCAUCAGUCCCGUGUUGCAGAUGAGGGCACAGAGGCUCAGAGCCGGGCAGCACUUCCCCGAGCACGCCUGCCGAAGCGGGGCCUUUUCUGCAGCUGAGUCCGCGAUGGAAAGGCGUCCGGGGAAGCCGUGGGAAAGCGAGGGUCACCCCCAUCAAGAGGCAGUCGAAGCGUUCAUGGUCACCCUGCAGCCUGACUUGAGGACUCGCUGCUCCGCUGGGCUCGCUGGCCGGCCUGCUCAGACCCUUGCUCCAGCUCUUUCUCCCCUGGCCCCCUAAGCAGUCCCAGCACGCUCGUGUUUGUGCAGACAAGGCACGCGCAGCCAGCGGCACUGGACACCGGGCGGUUUCCCCGCGGCAGAGCCCAGGGGGAGCACCAGGGCCUGGGGCCCGGGGUCUGGGCCUGGUGAGGGGCUGCAGAGGCGGAGCUGAGUUCGGUUCCCGCCCUGGGCCUGUUACGUGGCUGUGCCUGGACAGGAGGGCUCGCUACCCCGGAGGCCGGGACAGACGGCGGGAGCCCGCACAGUACCCGCGCCCUGCAGGGAGGGUGUGCCAGUUAAGGCCACCUCCUGCCAGGUGGGGGCGGGGAGGGCGAUGGAGAAGAGCGAUUCACCCCGAGGAGGAAAGAACUCAUUCUCUGCACUUGCGGGUGGGGAACCCCUCGUUUCAGCCCCUGCUCCCCCUACGACCCCGGUGGCCGUCCAGGAGAGCAGAGCCAAGGAGUUCCUGAGCAGCCCGGGGCGGCUCAAGCGGCAGCUGUGGGACCGCACGCGGCCCGAGGUGCAGCAGUGGUACCAGCACUUCCUGUACUUGGGCUUCGACGAAGCGAAAUUUGAGGAUGACAUCACCUAUUGGCUAAACAGAGGUCGGAAUGGGCACGACUACUACGAUUACCACCAGCGCCACUACGAUGAGGACGCUGCGAUCGGUCCCCGGAGCCCCCAUGGCUUCAGGCACGGAGCCAGCGUCAACUACGACGACUACUGACCGUCCCUCAGGCGGGCUCGGGGCCGCGGGCUCCACACCACGCCCGGCCUGUGUCUGCUGCGCCUGGUCUCGGCUCACCUUUCCUACCCGCUUUCUGUGGCCACAAAGGAAGUGUUAAAGCAGAGAACGUAAAUGCCUUUCGAGAUUUCAUGCAAAUACCUAACAAUGCAUUUCAUUA